CGCGGCAACACUACCUCUGGCCACCGCGACAUCAUGGUGCUCUCCACUGCCACCACACGUCUUGGUGACCAGCUGUGACCAGCAUGCAAGAGCGGGCAGGACUGCCCGAAGAAUGCGUCAGAACAUGAAACUCUUUUGCGACCCUUGUGUAUAAAGCGUGGUUUUUCCGCUCCUCGUUCUGUAUCCUAUUUUCUUCCCUCCCACAUCACAAUGUUCACCAAGUCCAUCUUCGUUGCUGCCCUCGCUACCCUCGCCCUUGGUGGCGUCAUCAAACGUGACGACAACCGCCGGGAAGCCAUCAUCCCCAAAAACGAGACCCUCGCACAAUUCACCGUUGCCUGGAAGGCCGAGUGCGACAGCCUCUUCUACGCCUCCGAAGGCGGCGUGUACACAAACGCUUCCCUCGUCGAGGCUGCCCCCACCGCGGGCGACGCCAACGUCUACUGCUCGUGGUACACCGAGCGCCCGACGAUCGUGUACGACAGGACCGCGGAAUGCGGCGAGGCUCUCGGCGUCCAGUUCACGUCGUAAGGGAUGACAGGUGGUCGAGACUACGUACAUAGUGAUCUUAUGUGGACUUUGCGAAUGGGGCUGCUUUAGUCACGUCGCGCGGACAUUUACAUGGACCUUUUCUUAUGUUGCUUGAUACCAUUCUGUGUCUGUACUGCAGAGUUUACCUCUCAGCCUAAUCACUCCUUUC